AUGAACAGUGAAGAAUUGAAAAGCUUUUUGCACACUUUCAGAGAUGAUCUCUCCAAAAUGGUUAGGUUUGAAAUAAAUAAAGCUCUCGGCAAAUACGUUGAAUCUCCUCAAGACUACAUCUGGGACAACGUCCAAAUCAACACUUUGCAUGAAUUUUUCCAUAUUAAAAGAAUUAGGCAUAUUUAUGAUUCUACCCUCCUUAUAGACUUUACAGACUACCUCAGGAGACUCAAACUUUCUAAAGACGCUGUCUAUAAAAAACUUCAAGAAAACGACUACUUUUUACCUGACCUCGGCUUUUUCACCCCAAAUUUCCUUGAUGAGCUAAUUGUUGGCUCAAAAACCUUGCUUCCGAAAUCCAAAAUAAAACUAAUUCCAAGCCCAGACAAAAGUGUCCUUACAUCCCUUGCGAAGUCCUAUGUAAAAAAAGACAAAAAAUUGCAGAUGUAUAUGCCAAGCACACCAAAUAUGGACCCAAAUUAUGUAAUAAAUGUCGUCAAUACAUUUUAUCCACUGGAAGAAAGCAAAAAGAUCAUUGAUUUUUCUAACCAAAUUAAAGAAAGUUUAAAAAAAAUGCAAGCAAAUAUCCCACCAUUGCCAGAAAUUUCGUUUAAAUGAAGACCUGAUGAAUUAAAUGUCGAAGCAAUCAGUCUUGGUGUAAAUAAGGCGAUAAAUGACGAUUAUUAUCUUUUAGAAAAGAUAAAACAGCAACAAGAAGAGCAUGCAGUUGAGGAAAAAGCUAAUCAAAUGGUGCUUAAUCUUUUGGAGACUGAUUAUAAUGAAGCGCAGUUUGCUCAGUUAAUGGCUUAA